UUGAUUUUGUGCGUGUUCGUUGUUUCCCAGCACAGGAACGCAGCAGGAUGACCACGUCGCAGAAACACCGGGAUUUUGUGGCUGAGCCCAUGGGAGAGAAGUCGGUCCGGUGCCUAGCGGGAAUCGGGGAGGUCCUUGGGAGACGGCUGGAGGAUCAGGGAUUUGACAGGGCGUACGUGGUGCUGGGACAGUUCCUAGUCCUGAAGAAGAACGAGGAUCUCUUCAAAGAGUGGCUGAAGGACACGUGCCAGGCCAACUCCAAGCAGUGCAACGACUGUCACACUUGUCUGCGGGAAUGGUGUGAUGCCUUCCUGUAAACCUCCUGGCCUCCGCUCCCCCUCUCCCUUUAUACUUUUAUUGAUUUAAAAUGACAUUAACUUAUAGCUCUGUACCCAGCACCCCACCCCACCCCCGCCAUGUAAUUUCAUUGUACUCCCUCACUCUCUCUCUUUAGCUCUCUCCUUCCUUUAGUUCUCCCUCUCUCUCUUUCCCCCUUUAGUUCUCUCUCUCUCUCUCUCUUUUCCCCUCUCUUGUCCCCAGUGACGUGGUGAAUCAGGUACCACCUCUCUGCGUGAGACACUCUGGUGGCAGUGAGGAGGGGUGGGGGGG